CGCGUUUUCGCCAUGGUUCGCGUUCAGAUCGGGGGCAUGUCCCUACUUGUGGUGCUCCUGCUGGCCAUUUCCGCCACCCAGGCGGCGGUGGUGCGCUCUUUCCCGCCCUUCGAGCAGCUGCAGAGCCUGGAGAAUCCCAACCAGCGCGCAGUGGUGCCCUUCGCCGACGAGGAUAACUACCGCCUGCCCAACGAGACGAUCCCCAGCCACUAUGCCGUGUCCUUGAGCACCAAUGUGCACACCGGCGACACUGUUUUCAAUGGCACCGUUGCGAUCACCCUAAGCGUUGUCGAGGCAACCACCAAAAUUGUGGUUCAUGCCCGCCAACUGGAGAACUAUACGGCCAGCAUUAUCCAGCAGGGAGUGACGGAAGCCGUGGCCCAGGAACUGACCUUCGAAUACGAGGCGGAGCGCGAGUUCCUCACCUUCAGCAAGACAGGACUCACUUUCGCCGAAGGCACCACGUGGAUCCUGACGAUCAACUAUCAGGGACACCUGCGCACGGACAACGGAGGCUUCUACCUGUCCACCUUCACGGACGAGGAGGGCAACACCAAGUACCUGGCCACCACCCAGUUCGAGAGCACCGACGCCCGCCACGCCUUCCCCUGCUACGAUGAACCCUCGAAGAGGGCCGAGUUCACCAUCACCAUCAAGCACGAUCCCAGCUACAAUGCUAUCAGCAACAUGCCCGUGAAUGAGGCUGCCUCCAGCUCUGGAGUUACCGCCUUCCAGAAGACCGUGAACAUGCCCUCCUACCUGGUGGCCUUCAUCGUCUCCGAGUUUGUCUUCUCGGAGGGUGAGCUGAAUGGCCUGCCGCAGCGCGUCUUCUCCCGCAAGGGAACCGAGAACGACCAGGAGUGGGCCCUGACCACCGGAAUGCUGGUGGAGAAGCGCCUGUCGGGCUACUUUGACGUUCCCUUCGCCCUGCCCAAGCUGGAUCAGGCUGGCAUUCCCGACUUUGCCGCCGGCGCCAUGGAGAACUGGGGCCUGGCCACCUACCGCGAGGAGUACCUGCUGUACAACCCGGUGAACUCGACCAUCAGCACCCAGACCAACAUUGCCACCAUCGAGGCGCACGAGGAUGCGCACAUGUGGUUCGGAGAUCUGGUGGCCAUCGAAUGGUGGAGCUAUCUGUGGCUCAAGGAGGGUUUCGCCACCCUGUUCGAGAAUCUGGCUGUGGAUCUGGCCUAUCCCGAGUGGGACAUUUUCCAGACCUUCCAUGCCGGUUCCUACCAGAGUGCUCUGGUCUAUGAUGCCAGCGCCACUGCUCGGCCCAUGAGCUACUUCGUCCAGAAGCCCUCGGAGAUUGCCCUGCUGUACGACUCCGUUUCGUAUGCCAAGGCCGGUUCUGUUUUGGACAUGUGGCGCCACGCCCUGACCAACACCGUCUUCCAGCGUGGUCUGCACAACUACCUGACCGACAACCAAUUCACUGCUGCCAAUCCCACCAAGCUGUUCGAGGCCAUUGCCAAGGCCGCCGUUGAGGAGAACUACGCCGUGCCCGCCACCGUGGCCAACAUGAUGGGCAGCUGGACCAACCAGGGCGGAGUUCCCCUGUUGACCGUGACCCGUAACUACGAUAACGGCAGCUUCACCGUCAAGCAGUCGGUGUACACCAAUGACAAGGACUACACCAGCGACAAGUUGUGGUACGUGCCGAUCAACUAUGCCGAUCACUCGAAUCCCGAUUUCCGCAACACCGAGGCCACCCACUAUCUGCUCAACCAGUCGGAGAUCACCAUCGAUGCGGGUUUGGACCAGAGCAACUGGCUGAUUCUGAACAAGAAGUCCACCGGCUACUUCCGCAUUCUCUACGACGCCGCCAACUGGCAGCUGAUCACCAAUGGCCUGCUCGUCCGUCCGCACAAGAUCGAUCCCCGGAACCGAGCCCAGUUGAUCAACGAUCUGUACCGCUUCGCCACCAGCGGACGUGUGCCCCAUGCCACUCUGCUGGAGCUGCUGACCUACCUGCCCCAGGAGGAUCAGUACUCCCCCUGGUCGGCGGCCAACACCGUGAUCACCCUGUUCAAUCGCUACCUGAGCGGCGAUGCCGACUACGCCAACUUCCAGUUCUACGUGAGGGAAUUGGUGAGCCUGCAGUACGACAAGUUCGGUGUGAACGAUCUGAACGGCGAGCAGCAUCUGGUGAAGUUCACCCGCAACCUGCUGGUCAACAUUGCCUGCCUGGCGGGUGUGGAGAACUGCCUGACGGAGACCAAGGCCAAGCUGACCGCUAUGGUGGAGGAGGGCACCGUGAUCGAGCCCAAUCUGCAGUCGCAGGUUUACUGCAAUGGCCUGAAGCAGGCCGACGACAAGAUCUUUGACUUUGUCUACGACAAGCUGAUGAGCUCCACCGACCAGGCCGAGCGUCGUCUGCUGAUCUCUGCGCUUGGAUGCUCCCAGAGCUCCUCGCAGCUGGAGAAGUUCGUGUCCAGCAGCAUCGAUGACAGCAACGGCCUGAGGGUCCAGGAGAGGAUCACCCUGCUGAGCCCGGCCUAUUCGCGUGGCGAGAUCGGUCUGCUGGCCGCCGUCGAGUUCCUGCAGAACAACUGGGAGCAGUACGCCCAGCUGAACACCGGUUUCGGCGGAGUCAAUCCCCUGUACAGCGACAUCGUCGGCAUUUCCGCCUACACGGUCAACGACAAGCAGAAGGAGGCGCUGCAGAAGCUGGUGGACACCGUCAAGGGAUCCGAGUACGUGCCCACCACGCUGCAGGCUAGCGUGGAUGCCAAUGUGAAUGCCAACUACGCCUGGCUGACCACCAACAGGGAGCCUCUGAUGUCCUGGGUGAACGGCUUCCGCAGCGGCAGCUCCGCCCUGAACGCCUCCCUCUUGGCCAUCCUCGCCUGCCUCCUGGCCGCCAAGCUGUUCUAAGUUAGAUCCUAAGAUCCUAAGUUAGUCAUAGAUUUGCACUUGUGCCGCAAUAAAUUCCAUUAAUUCCCUAAAA